UGGAGAUCUCAGCAGCACCGCAUGUCUCUGCAACAACAACUGCCGAGUGAGGCAAAAAACCGCUCUGAGUUCCAAACUUUUACGCGGGGACAAAAAAGAAAAGCCGACGUUUUACGCAUCAUGUUAGUUGGCUGAGGACGCGCGCGCGCGCAGCACGCAACGGGCGCACCAGUUGGAAGAAGAUGGAUUGUAAGAAAAAGUUAGGCGCUCCUUGUGCUUCGCAUUGAGACUCUCUCCGGGACAGGAGGGGCGGGCGAUGCCGUGCAAACUUUGCGCGUUGCAAAACUUUUCAUAGGGGUCGGUUCAUGGAGUUUCGCGUCAGGUCCGCAGAGGCUCGUUUGCGCGUUCUGCGUUCGAUGGUGUCGCCGGCUUAAACUCCUAGUUUGCGGGAAUCCGACUCCAGGCGAAGUUUUCCUCGGACAACAACACAAGAACAGAGAGAAAGAGCGAGGGGAAGAGCUGCGGCUGCGACGCGUAAGAAGACGACAGCGAAGGUCGUGACGGAAGUCGAGGUGCAGCAUGGAGACUUCAGCUCCGACAGCCACCGAGAAGAAGGAGUGUAAGGGCUCAGGUUUGGAUGGAAGCAGCUUCUCCGAACUCCCUAAAAAGCCCUCACCCACCACUCUGAACAGAGGUGCCCACCACCUCUUCCCCACGUUUCACGCGCCCAUCCCAAUCGACAUGAGACACCACGAGGGGCGGUACCAUUACGAGCCACACCCACUCCACGCCAUGCAUGGACCUCCAGGACUGACGGGCAGUCCAGUCAUCUCAGAUAUUUCCCUCAUCCGUCUCUCACCCCACGCGGCAGCCGGGGCGGGUGAGUCGCCGUUCAGCCCACCACAUCCGUACGUCAGCCCCCACAUGGAGCACUACCUGCGCUCCGUACAUGGAAGCCCCACCCUCUCCAUGAUCUCCGCUGCCCGGGGACUGAGCCCAGCUGAAGUGACCCAUGAGCACUUGAAGGAGCGUGCGCUGUUCAGCCUCCCCCCUCCUCCACCGGGGGCCAACCCGACAGAGUACUACCACCUGAUGGCCAGUGCCAGCCAGCGGAGCCCCUACAGUGACCUGCUGAUGCAGAGCGGUGCGGCCGCCGCAGCCGCCGCGGCCGCCGCCGCUGCAGCGGCCGCGGCCUCUCAUCUACCCGAGUACCAUAUCAGCCCAAUGGAUGUGUCACGUUUUUCAAGCCCGCGGCUGACGCCUCGGCUGAGCAGGAAGAGGGCACUGUCCAUCUCUCCGCUGUCAGACGCCAGCAUUGACCUGCAGACCAUGAUCCGCACCUCGCCCAGCUCCCUGGUAGCCUACAUCAACAACUCCCGCUCCAGCUCAGCCGCCAGCAGCUCCUAUGGGCACCUCUCAGUCGGGGGCAUCAGCCCCUCGUUCAGUUUCCCCCACCCCAUCAACCCAGUGGCGUACCAGCAGCUGCUGUCCCAGCAGAGGAGUCUGAACGCCUUUGGCCACACGCCUCCUCUCAUUCAACCGUCACCAUCGUCCUACUCCGCUCGCCAACACCCCCUCACUGUUUCGUCGAUGGCCACCUCCCACAACAGCUCCAACUCUGAGGCCAACCAGAACGCCAGUGGAGACCCAGCAGUGAGCAGCACGGUCAACCCGCUGACCACCAAGAGAUCAAAGGUCAAGACAGAAACAGAAGGUCCGCUGCCCAUCUCACCGACCUCGCAGGACCACGGGGGAGGGGUAUUGGACUUGAGCGAGGAUCUGGAUAAAGACGAGUGCAAGCAGGAGCCCGAGGCCAUAUACGAGACCAACUGCCACUGGGAGGGCUGCACCAAGGAGUAUGACACCCAGGACCAGCUCGUCCAUCACAUAAACAACGACCACAUCCACGGUGAGAAGAAGGAGUUUGUGUGUCGCUGGGAUGAGUGUUCCCGGGAGCAGAAGCCCUUCAAGGCUCAGUACAUGCUGGUGGUCCACAUGAGGCGACACACGGGGGAGAAGCCGCAUAAAUGCACGUUUGAGGGCUGCGCCAAAGCCUACUCUCGCCUGGAGAACCUGAAGACCCACCUUCGGUCCCACACCGGAGAGAAGCCGUAUGUGUGUGAACAUGAAGGUUGCAACAAGGCCUUCUCCAAUGCCUCAGACCGGGCCAAGCACCAGAACCGUACACACUCAAACGAGAAACCGUAUGUGUGUAAGAUCCCGGGGUGUACCAAACGCUACACGGAUCCCAGCUCUCUCAGGAAGCAUGUUAAAACAGUGCACGGACCAGAAGCCCACGUCACCAAGAAACAACGCAGCGACGUCCCUCCAAGGCAGCAGCCACCCAAAGGCAACGGGGAGAACGAGGCGAAUGCCAAGCACGGUGCGAGAGGAGCGGACGGCAAGAUUGAGGCCAACUCCACCUCCAGAGGAGUGGAAGACUGUCUUCAGAUCAAAUCCAUCAAGACAGAGACCUCCAUGACAUAUCAGUCCAGUCCUGGCGGCCACUCGUCAUGUAGCAGUGAGCCAUCGCCUCUCAGCAGUGCCAACAACAACGACAGUGGGGUAGAGAUGGCCAUGCAUAGUGGGGGCAGCUUCGGGGACCUCAGUGCACAGGAUGAGUGCCCCAUGGUGGACUCCACAGUUCAGUCUGGGGGACAGCUGGGUGGGAUGGGGCUCCAGCUAAGGAAAGUGGCUGGUCAUGGUGGUGGGGUCACCAUCAAGCUGGAAAACAUCAAGAAGGAAAGGCUGAAGACAGUGAGGGACUCCUGCCCCUGGGUCAACUCUGCACCACAGCCACCACAGGGCCAACGCAUCAUGAAGCUGCCUCCCAUACCUGCAGUCGGUUCCCUGCUGGAAAGCUCCAACAUCAUGAGUAACUUAAGUGGUCUGCACCCCAGCCAUCGCAUGGGCGACCAGCCUUCAUGUGAAAUAACACUGCUGAACCAGCUGAAUGAGCGCCGUGACAGCACCACCAGUACCAUUAGCUCAGCUUACACAAUGAGUCGCCGCUCUUCGGGUAUUUCACCCUGCUAUUCCAGCCGCCGUUCCAGUGAGGCGUCCCAGUUUGGUGCUAACCGCCAUAACAACAUCAGUUCGGCUGACUCCUAUGACCCAAUUUCAACUGAUCUGUCUCGCCGCUCAAGCGAGGCCAGCCAGUGUGGAGGUGGUGGAGUCAGUGGAGGAGGUCUCCCAAGCAUCCUCAGUCUGACACCAGCUCAGCAUUACAGGCUCAAGGCAAAGUACGCUGCUGCCACUGGUGGAGCUCCACCUACUCCUCUCCCCAAUAUGGAUCGAAUGAGCCUGAGGACCCGCAUGGCAUUGUACAGUGACUCCCAAGAAGGCUCAUCUCAUCCAUUCCAUCAGCCACCCUCUGGAACUGUACCCCGGCGUUGCAGUGACAUUGGAUAUGGCACCCACAGCAUGAUGCCCCAUGAGGUACCCGCCAACCUUCCACGCCGUGCCAGUGAUCCAGUGCGCCGCCCCACACUUGAUCAUCUCUCCUUUCCAAGGGUCCAGCGCUAUAACAGCACGAACAGCAUGAACCCCAUCAAUGGUCCGUCAGCUGCAGAACGCCACCAGUCACUGGCCAUGCAGGGCUACACUCGCUCUGAUGGCAGCCUGCAACGCUACCCAUUUGCCCCCAGACCACCUAGCAUCUCUGAGAAUGUAGCAAUGGAGAACAUGGCAGUAGAUGGAAUGAUGAAUGGGGUAGAGCAGAGCGGGGAUGAUGAUAUGGUGCUUCCAGAUGAUGUGGUGCAAUAUCUCAGGUCCCAGAAUUCAGGCCCCUCAGGUCACAACUCGGGGCAAGUGGACCAUCACGCAAACAAUCAGACUCAGGGCUACCAAACAGGCAUGGCCCCACCAGCAUCAUUUUAUGCACAGAGGAGGAUGGCCAUGGUGGAUGCCACCAUGACUCUGUCUGGUCAGAAUCUGCCCUUCUCAGCAUCAUCAGACAACCUGAACAAGAAUAACAUGCCAGUGCAGUGGAACGAGGUGAGCUCAGGGACUGUGGAUACCACAACCAAGCUCUCAAAACAGCAGCAUCCUCUCAGGGGGAACCUAGCUGUUGUUCAGCAGAGGCAAAACUUUGGAUCCUUCCAGGCACAAGGUCCGGGCCUGGGCAGCAACCAGCAGGUAGUGCCUAUGAGUCAGAAUAUGUCUAUGCAGGGGUAUGCGAACCACAACAGCCAGAGGCUGAUGAACAUUAACCACCAGCAGAAUCAUCAACAGAGGCAAUGCAACAACGUGAACUUUAGUGCACAAAUGAGUCCUCAACAAGGGUACGGCCAAGAGGCAAUCCCAAAUUCUAUAGCUGGGAGCACUAGCAUGAGACCGACCCGCAACAGUGUGACAGAUCCAGAACAGCAAACUUACAGAGCAAGGACACAGGCUGAUGGGUAUUCUCGUGUGAACCAUGUGGAUCUUCAGCAAAAUUACAAUGUUCUCUCCCAGCAGCAGCAGCAACACAAUAUCCACAAUGGAGGCAGAGGAAUAUUACAACCCCGGCCUCCCACAGAGCCCAAGUCUCUUACCAGACAACACACAGGGGCUAGCAUGAUGCAACCAAGUCGAAUACCCAAGUCAACCAAUGACACCUCAGAGGCGAGCCCAAAGCGGCCCAGUGGAUCAGUGGCCCACAACAGCAACUCUGAAAAUCCAAACUCUGCUUUGUACUACACAGGACAGAUUCAAAUGGUAGAGCCAACGUCUGUCAGCUUUGAUGCCCCCAUGUCCCCCUGUGCCGGCCAGGCUCCUGCCAGCAACAACGCUGCAGCAACCAACAUGGCCUCACCAGGAGUCAACCAGGUUUCCAGCAGUACAGUGGAUUCUUCCACUGGUGGAUCUGGUGGCACAGAGCACGCCCAGAUUGACUUUGAUACAAUGCUAGAUGAUGGAGACCACUCCAGCCUAAUGUCGGGCACCCUGAGUCCUGGCCUUCUGCAGAGCCUCUCCCAGAGUUCCUCACGUCUGACAACACCUCGCAACUCUGUCACCCUCGCGUCUGUACCUGCAGGGAUUGGCAACAUGGCCAUCGGUGACAUGAACUCCAUGCUUACAGCUUUGGCAGAAGAAAGCAAGUUCCUCAACAUGAUAAGCUGAGAACAGUGAAACACUAUCACCCAUGCUUACCAUUUUUACAUCAGGAAUUCAUAGACUACACAAGAAAGCACUGAUUGAACAAUGCAAAACUGGUUAUUUCAUACAUUCUUUUUCAUUGUCUAUAGUGAUAUGCUUAUCUUGUAAUAUUUGCUUCAGAUUAUAACAUGUUACAUUAAAUUGAAUUGAAUAGUAAGCAUAGCUAAGGGCCAUUUUCUAUCAUUAUUUGUUAAAAAGCCAUACUUUUUAGCUACAACUAUAUGAUAGCCCAGGCUAUAUAAAUUCAUACACAAACUGCCAUUCAGUAUUUGCUGGUGUAAAAGCCCUUUACAAAGUGGUGCACUGAAAGCAGUUCACCUCGUGCCUUGCUGAGGACAUCAAGGUUGAGCAUCAGAGUAUGGCAUGAAAGUAAGAGUUACCAGGAAACUGACAUGAUAUGUAGAUAUCAGGUUAUAUUUUCUCAUGAAGACCGUUAUGUGUAUAGAUUAUACUGUAUGGUACUUGCUUUAAGUUAUGCUAUAGACUUUUGAUGUUUGAACUAGGGCUGUCAAAUGUAUAAAAUGUCUUUUUUUAUGACACAAAUAACAUUAAUGUCUGUAAGUAAUGCAAAACGUUUUCUCUCAAGGCUAAACUACAGUUUGCUGUUCUGUCUAUGUUCACAAUUCUGUAUGUGAGAUAAAAUACUUGUAGUGCUAAUCUGAGGCACCUAAAACAAGUUUUGAAAGUGAAUAAGAAAUGUGAACAUUUUUUAUGACCAGGUUUAAAAUAUCACAUUCAGAAGAACAACUACAGUUAUGCAUGUCAUUUGUUUCCAGGCAAAUUAUAAGAGAGCACCGCUACAAACAAUGUAUGUAGAAAUUUAAACAUACCUAUUAUGACAAAGAAAAACUGCAAACAAUAACUGCUAUAGCAGUUUAUAUAUGCACUUAUUUCAACUUCCUGUGUGCUAUUGUAGCAAGCUGUCUCGUGCACAACUAGUUUUUUAUUGCUGAGUUUCAAUUAAAUCUAGAUUGUGGAAUAAAGGUUUACUUGUGAUUCUUAACUCAUUUUGUUUACAUUGGACAUAAUCAAAGUUCAGUAUAAAAAGAAAUCUGAGACUUAUUGCUUUUUACAAAGUGAAGCUUUUGACGGCCCUAGUUUAAACACGUGGUUGUACAAAAUUAUUGUCCGCAGAUAUUAAGUGCUUUUUGAUCAUGGUCUGGGCUCUUGGGGAUGGCACUGAUGAACCCUGAACAGAUUUCCUUCUUUGCCCUCUGGAUCAGAGGAAUUAACUCUCCAUGGUCCCAUCUCACAAGGGUAAAUAAUUGGAAAGGACAAGGAUAUCCCUCUGUGUUGGUCUAUCAGGGCACACGAACCCCUGUGUCGGAUGAAAAGUGUUCUCUAAAGGAAUAUACAAGUACCUCUGUGUGUUCUCAGUAGAGAUCUAACCCUAAUUAACACAUUCAUGCCGCCUCCCUUCACUGCCUCCCAUGGGUUCUGCAUGGGUUCUGGAUGAACUGCAGAGAGAACAGGAAGGGACUCUGACUGAUAAUGAAAUCCUGCCUCUGACAGGAUUGGUGAACUGGCCCUCCAAAUUCUUCCGUUUUACCACAUUUCCUGAAUUUCUAAAUAGCCUUUCAAAAUGUUUGUGUGUAUGCUACCAUUCACUUUUACUAUGCUCAGUGUGUGCGUGUGUGUGUGUGUGUUUGAGUGUGGGUUUGGAUGAGUGUGUACAUAGCUUUUGUACAUUUCAAAUAAACUAUCUCCUUUUUUUCUGUUUAAA